AUGUUUGAGAUCCUGUACCCAUUCGGCGUAGCGCUGACCAAGAUCUCCAUCUGCCUGAACUACCUGCGCAUCUUUCCGCUGCAGACGUUCAACGAGUGCUUCUGCAAAGUCGCCAUGGUCUUCACGGCGUGCUGGUGCAUCAGCACCAUCAUCCCGCAGAUCGACCAGUACGUCGAAUGUCCGCCCGUGUCGAACACGCGCGAACGCAUCCGCGUAAACAGCGACUGCAUCAAUCAACAGGCUUUCCUCAUCUCCACCGCCGCGCUUAACAGCUUCAGCGACCUGUGCAUCUUCCUCUGGCCCGCUCGGUACAUCUGGGGCAUGCACGUUCCAAAAGAGCAGCGAUGGGGGCUCAUCGGACUGUUUUGCGUGGGCGUAAUCAUCUGCAUCGCCGGCGUCCUGCGCAUGUGGUUCUUCACCGUGUGGUUCCGCUCGCACGACCCGUACUGGGACGGCGUGUGGAACUACAUCAUCCUAGCCGUCGAGACCAACGCCGGCUUCAUCUGCGCCUGCCUGCCGUGCUGCAAGCCGCUGCUCGUGCGCCUCUUCCCCUCCGUCUUCAGCAACAGCGAUUCCCGCAGGAACGCCGAGGAGGCCGGCGGCGGCGAUGGGGCUGCUGGAGGAGUUGCCGGGCACGGCCCUUCGCCGCUCGAUCCGGAGUACCAACGAGUGAGGAAGAAGAGGAGUACGUGGAGUUUUUGGGGCACGGGGACGACGACGACGACGACGACGACGGGGACGGGGACCACGUCGACGCGGUCGCACCAUGAGAGCAAGAGGAGAAGCAGGAGCGCGGUGCCGGCGGGCGGUGGUGGCACGGGGUUGCUGGGUGGUGUGGUGGGUAGCAGUGCGGAUGGCAACAAGAGCGACACCGCGAUCCUGAUGGACGACCUGAGCGGGAACCACGGGUACUGUCAUACGGACGGGGGAGAAGAGCAGGACAGUGUCAUCGUCCACGACCGCGAUCCUGAUCCUGGUUUGACGGUCACACCACAGCUCAGACCGACGGACGACACGACGACUACCGGGAAUGUGGACCUGGAACUGGGCUUCGUCCGAAGUCUUGACCAUCCUUCCGCGCGGUAG